AUGAACAAAAACGGAACAGCUAAAAUGAAUGAUAAUCAAAUUAGAGCAGAAGGUAGAAGGUUAUUUAAACGCUUCUAUAACAUUCCUGAUGGUGUUAAUCCUAAAACUCGUAGAAGCUAUUUAAAUGAAGCAAUAGAUGCAUAUGAAGGGUUUGACAUUUCAUCAGAAAGUGAGAGGUUAGCAAGAAUGUUAAACGUUAAUAUUGAUUUUUAUUAUUGUGACCCUCAACCAGAAGACGUAGACAUUAACAAGGUAGACUUUCCAUUAGUGGAAUCAAUAAUGAUAGAUCCAGAAUUUGAAACAGUAAAUAUUUUAUUAACACAGAGUCCAUGUGGAAAACUUCACGCUGACAGAAUAACAGACGUUGAAGCACUCACCGGCUAUAAAGUUUGUCCAUAUUGCAAAGAAGAAGUUUAUUCUAUCCGUGAUGAUCCAGAAAGGAAAAACCAAAGAAGAUUUUUAAAACAUUGUGAGAAAUGUAAAGAAAAUAAUGGAAGAUUAAUUCAAGACGUUCAAUUGCAAAACACACAACAACCAUAUGCACCACAUAUCACGAAACAGAAGAUAUAUCAAUGGCUAUUAGCACAUAAUUUGCAGGAAUAUUAUAAACCAACAAGAUAUUAUAUUACUUUUGACUUCGAAACAUUAGAGACUAAAGAAGAACUUCAACUUUCUGAAUGUGCAACUUUGAACGCUUACUUAAAACCAUUUAUGGUAUCAUCAACUGUCAAAAUAAAGCCGCAAAGCGGCGAGGUCGUAGACCGUGAUAAAACAUUUACGAGGAAUUUUUGCUUAACUUCGA